AUGGCAAUGUCGCUGCGUGGGUGUGGCUUGAGCGACAAGCCACUCGAGGCGGAGAUGUAUGAUCUGGAGACGUGUCUUGUUGCUGACAUGCGUGCUGGGCUGGACUAUGUCAGGCAAACGUGCGGCCAGCAGCCACUGCUGGUUGCCCACGGCGUGGGUGCGCUGAUUGGUUGGCGACUGUUGACCCUCACAGCAGAUGCUCCCGAAGUGGCUGGAUUCGUAUCCCUCUCGAUGCCCCCGCUGGAGGCCUGCGCACGAGGAUUACGUAGCCUGUCGCAGCUGUACAGCUGGCUCUACAUCCUAGCCUUCAGUAUGCCAAAGCUGCCAGAAGCCCUGCUCACCUUUCAGAAUGCCUUCCUUGGAGCGGUGCUGCUGAAUGACUUAGAGCGAGCACAGGUGAGACCUGAGCUCCUGCACCUUUCCCGCGCAAAUCUUCUGCAGCCUCGCGCUGCAAGAGGACAUCUGAACUACUACAGAAUGUUGGUGCGGAAGAUGAUGGACUCGGUUCUACAUGGCAGAGACACGUAUUGGAGCGAGGUCUUGCGUGGACAGUCCGAGCACAAGGAGGUCUUGGGCUCCCAUCACAAGCUCAAAUUGCCGGUGCUCAUCCUGAAAGGAUCUCAUGACCACAUCUGCAAAGAGGGUCUUUUCGCCGAUCUAUCCGACUAUUUACACAACUACCGUUUCGUCGUUAUAGAGCCGUGUUCUCACCGAGUGCAUUUAGAUGCAAUGGCGGAGGUGAACACCGAGAUCAGCCAAUGGCUGCAGUGUCUUUGA